AUGGAUCCAAAAGCGAAGAAACAAAAGCUUAGCGCAACAGAAACCGCAAGUCCCUCUCUCUCGAAGAUGGAACUAGAGAAGAAGAAGAAGAAGAAGAAGACGAAAAAGCAAAAGGUUGAUGUGGUCAAGGCGAUGAAUAAGGAGAACGACGUCGCUAAGGUUGAUGUGGUCAAAGCGAUGAAGAAGCAAAACGACCACGCUAUGUUCCUUGCGGAGAAAGUAAUCUCCGCCGUAGCCACAAACUCAAACUUCGUCUUCUCUCCGGCAUCAAUCAACGCCGUACUCACCAUGGUCGCCGCAACCACCGAAAAUGAAACACUAAAAUCCUUCAUCUUCUCCUUCCUAGGCUCUUCCUCAAUCGACGAGCUCAACGCUGUUUUCCGCGAGGUGGCUACAGACUACAGUCGUUCUCGCCGACGGAAGCGGUGGCCCUAA